AUGACACCUAAGCCUUUCCUGAAACAGCUCCUGGUGGGCGCCCUUGCCAUCGAAUUGUCCGCUGGUUUACGGCUAUUUGGUGGCGUGGAAGGGCAAGUGAACAACCUUGCACAACUUGUUGCGGGCAACAACGUCAACACAAAUGGGAUUGGCGCAGUAAAUGUUGCUGCGAAUAUCAACGGCCAAAACGCCGCCGCGAAUGCUGCCAAUAUUGCGGGUGCCGACGACGUGGACCAAGUUGCCGAUGCUAUUGAUACGGCAGACGACCAGAACGAAAACGACGCCCAGGUGGUUGCAGAUGCCGAGCAAGCGAUCGCCAAUGAAGUCGAUGCUGAGUUCUGCAGCGCUCUCGCUGCCGCCGCUGAUGAUGCCAACUCAAUUCUUGCUUCUGUUGCCGAUGCUGCGCAAGCCACAGCGGUGGCCACGGACGAUGCUGCUGCUACCGAGGUCGAAGCCGCCGAAACAUCGGAUGCUGCGGCGACAGAUGUUGAUGCCGCUGUCGAGACAGAUGCGGCGGCUGUAGAGGCCGAUGGCGCCAACGCCGAUGAUCAGGCAAAUGCAGUAGCAGACGACGAAGCCGCUCAAGAAGACGAACAGAACGCUAACGGCGGUGAGGAUGAUGCGCAACAGCAGGAUGAUCUGGAUAUUGUACAGCAAGCCGCCGCAAAUGUUCUGGAGCAGGCCGCUGCUAACGCUGAGGCCUGUGCUAAUCUCAACGUCGUUCUCCCGGAUGCUGUCCUGGCGACAGCGACGGUUGAUAAUGCGGCCGCUGUCGAGACUGACGCGGAUGUCAAUGAUGUUGCCGAUGCUGCCGAUGUCGCCGAUGCGAAUACGGCAGAUGCGGAUGCAGCUGAUGCCGCUGCUACUGAAGACACAGCGGACGCCGAUGCGCAAGCCACGGAAACUGUCGGCGGUGACAGUGCUGACGCUGCUGAUAUAGCGGCUGCUGCCAUUGAGCUUGCCAAUGGAGCCUCCGCCGCUGACGUAACAGUCGGAGAUGCUGCCGAAGACGCGGCAACUGCAGCCGGAGAAGCGGCUGGGGAAGCAGUUCAAGAAGAUGUGCAAGAUGAUGCCCACAUCCUAACCCCUGAGUUUCAUCCCCCCAAGGUUAGCAUGCUCCAGAAUCAUAGUUACCGAGUCGCGCGACCAUUACUACGGGCAACUCGCGGACCACGAACUAUCGGAACCCGCCAAGCCCGUUUCCAGUCCACCCCGGCCUCUCCCUCACUGACUUCCAGCAAUGGCAGGACAGACAACUCGUAUUUCGCGGCCGGUGUGGCGGGUGGCCUCGCCGCGGCGACUAUGCUCUACGGCACCUACCUGCUGACACCGGCGGGACGAAUGCAGCGCAAGAUUAACAAAGGAGCCAGAGAAGCGUCUGAGAAAUACCAGGAGGCGACCCGAAAGUUGCAGCAGACGACGGCGGACGGAGAUCAAGCGAUACAGUACAUUAAGGAUUAUUGCUACUCGUACCUUAGCUGGGUCCCCGGGGGGCGUCAGUUCAUCGACGCCGCGUUCCGAGACAUCGAGACACUGAGGACGAGCAACCGAGAUGAAGUGAACCAGAUCAUCGUCGAUACUUACAAACAGUUCCAGACGUUGUCCAAGUCGGACUUGAGUCUGAAGACUGGGUCUGAGGCCCUCGACGUCCUCGCGGACAUGUCCAAGAAGCUGGGGAAUCUCGCUGUCGAUUCAUCUGCUGAUAUCCUCGAUAAUCAUCCGCAAGUUAAGGCCCAACUCGACAGGAGCCUAGACCAGCUGAAGGAAAUGGGAGAACAGUAUGGACCUGAAGCGAAGGAGCAAGCCGAGAAAACGUUGGGGCAGAUCAAGGAGAUCAUGGGCAACGUUUUCAGCCCCGAUAAUCUGGCCCGGGCGAGGAGAAUCCUCGAGGAAGCGAUGGAAUCAGUAAAGAAGUUUGGGGAUGAAGCAUGGAAGAAAGGCCUAGAGCAAGCAAAGCCUUAUCUCGACAAGAAUCCAAAAGCGAAAGCUCUAAUCGAGGAUAACGCAGAAUAUUUGAAGCGUGGGAAUGCCAAAGAAUUAUUUGAGAAGGCAAAGAACGCUGUUGAUUCGGGGAACCUAGCGAGUUUGGAAGAGUACGUGAAGAAGGCACUUGGCGAGGCAAGGCCGACAGGAUCACAGGUCUCGGAGGCACUCGGCCUCGAUCAGUAUUUCAAGACAAUUCCUAGUGGGAGCGAGGUCUUGGCGAAGAUAAAUCUGCUGAAGGAGGCUGCCGAGAAGGAAAAGGGCGAGGGCGAGAAGCUGCUACGCGACACAAUGGACGAGAUCAAGGAGGUGCUUGAAAAGAGGUCUGGAAAAGCAAAGGAGAUUGUUGACAAGUCAAAGAAGAACUGA